AUGGCAGAAGCAAAUACAUUUGCAAUCGUCAAAUUUAUAGAUGAAGAUGAUGCUCUAGACAUUAUUCUUUCAUGGCUGGCGGCUGAUUACGCUACAUGUUACUAUCCAGAGUCUAAAACUGACCAAAUGAGAGAACGCCUCAUUAAGGAUGACGUGAGUCCACAGAACAAAGCAUACAAGUGGGUAAUCUGCAAAGUGCAUGUUAUUGUGAGUAUCUACUCUUUUGUAUAGUAAUACAAUAAACCUGCUAGUCAUUUUCUUCUAGUUUAUUUGUCCUACAGUAUACGUCUUUUGUGUGUGUGUGUGUGUGUGUGUGUGUGUGUAUAUAUAUAUUUAAUAUGUAUUUUCUUUGUCUUUGUGUGUUUCCAGCUACAUUUGCUUUGGCCAGAAGUAAUCUUAAAAAAGCAGAAGAAACCUCAGGCUUGGACCCUGAACCUGACCUCAAGAAGAAAAUACCUCGAAGGAAAAUCAAGAAAGCAACUGUAUUGCUUCCUGGAGAAAAGGCUGGUGAUGAAGGAUCUGACAUAGCAGAAACAGAAAUACAAAACCGUGUAACAAGGUGUCCAUCCGUACAACAACGAUCAUCUGUGCUACCACCUUUCCCUCAGCCUGAGUCCUUUCAUGUACCAGUUGCUGCAUCUUCUCCUUUAUUCUCACAUUUACCUUUUCCUUCCUCAGCAAUUUUUUCUAAUGUUCCAUAUGUUUCUUCACCAACUAACUUCCCCCAAUCAGCCUGUAGCGGUUAGCACCAGGCGACCCUACAAAUAUACUGUUUUUACCUGCAUUCCUGUAUCUGCUGUAUUUUCUAUGUAUUAAAAAGAAUUGUAUUCCUCUGGUUGUUCGAUAGUUUCAUUCCCUUAGUUUAUUCGAAUGAAACUACCGAACAACCAGACCUCCCCUGUGUGAAGUGUGUCCUCAAUUACCCAUUGCAACAUUGUUGCGAAUGGGUAAUUGAAUAGUAAGUAGCCGUCCUUUGUUCUCGGGGGUGGCCGCCAUUCGACAAACGAACACGCGGCAGCGGCCAUUUUAAAACUCCCGAACAGCGGUGUUUUGCCGUCGAGUGUCUGGAACUAAAAUCGGACACUCGAGUAGGCGAACACCGCUGAGACCUCCACAGCCCUGGUCCGUUCGGUUCCAAACUACCGAACGGCCCCUCGUUCGGUAGAUAGAAAAUACCGAACGAGGGGAUUCAGGCGAACCCUCCCUAGCCUCUAUAGCUAGAGGCUUUCGUGUAUUUUGUUCCCUUAUGCCAGGACCGACCGCAGGGCCCAUUCGCAUGGAACCUUAUUCGGCUAUCUCAGUUAGUGCGGUCGGUCAUUUUAUUCCCUCCAUACAUUUCCCGAACCCCUGGUCUGAUCUGGGUGAUUUUUGGAUAUGUUGUUCACCCAGAUCAGGGGUAUCCGGGGAUGUAGGAUUUAAAGAGGUACCCCUACGUUUAGGGGUACAUCCAGAAACGGGGGGAAUUGGUGUGCUGGAUAAGGGGAUUAUGAUGCUAGCUGAGGGGAGGAGAUGGGUGGGAGGUUACCAGGACAGGAUUGGCUACUGUAAUUACUGUAAAUCCCUCCCUUGCAUGGGAGCAUGCUUUAUAAGGAGACUGUGAUUAAAGGCUUGUGAGUUAUGCUCCUGAAACUGUGUGUCGUCCAGUUAUUGGGAUUGCUGUUGGGAUAUUGCUGUAUUUUACCUGCUGUAAACCUUGCCUGUGGAUUUACUAUUUACUUGUUCCUGAGUCCCACUUGGAUUAUAAGCGGAGAUACCCUGGGUAAUAUUGCAUCUCCGCUACACAGCCCAGCUUGUUUCAGUUACACAUUGCCCCUCUAAUAAUGCACCUCUUACACACACUUUAACAGAUAUUUCUAAAUCCUGCUUUACACCUUUCCAACAUGAGUCGUCUGUUACAAAAUCUCUGCAUUCUUCAAAAACCUCUUACACUCAAAGUCCUCCAACUAUAAUUCCUUUCGAUUCUGCUGCAUCUAGUAGAGCUACACACCAUUCUUCCAUUCAAGAAGACUUGCAGCACAUUUCCCAUUAUUCAGGUUUGUAUAACAGAUAUUUUUUCUUCUAUUUUUGUUAGCAAUGUAUAUUUUUUUUAUUGUGUUCAUGUUUUAUUAAGUAUUUUACAUAAAUUAUAUUGUCUGCUUCAUUUCCACACUGCUUGCAAAAGACCAUGUACUCUUCAUUUGGUCCCAAUAUGCUUGCUGUACAUUGUUUUACCUUGAUCUAAGGCUAAACCUAAAAAAAACCUCUUAGAUUAAUCUUAAGCCUUCACCAACAAUUUUGUGUUGAAGAAGUAGAAAUUUGAGGUAGUUUGCAUAAUUUGUAUGCUGAAUAAAAAGAGGAAACCAUAGUUUAGUUGUCACUUUCUGACAUGGUCAAAUGAAGAGUGCUCAAUAAUUACAACAGGGCAUUUAAAGUUGCUCUCGGUAAUAUGUCUGAAUCUUACUGAUUCCUUUCUUUUUUAUUUUUAGCUCCUGCAAGAGAGAAUAGAAAAUUGGCAGCUGUUCUGCAGUGGAUGGCAGACAUAACUGGAAGACUUGAAAAAAUAGAGGAAAGAUUGGAAGCCAUAGCACAAAUACAUGUACCUAUAGCAGAAGAAGAUGACACAUCAAUUUUUAGUCUUCUGGCCCUGAAGUCUUUGGACUACUUUGGACUAAAUUGGUAG